GGAAACAUCACGCACAGACAACGAGCUGCGACAUCAGAGCUGACCCCCCAGUGCCGGCUAUGGACUCAAAGAUCUUCAGGCCGCGUAUCCUCGCCAUCCUGGAGACAGCCGACCUCGAGACUGUCAGUGCGAAAAAGAUCAGGAAAACACUGCAGGAGCGCACCACACAAGAUCUGUCAAGUAUCAAGGCCGAGUUGAAUGAGCUCAUCAAGGAGUGUUUCACAUCUGUCACGCAGCCAAGUAGUGAAGACGAGCCUCUGUCUCAAGGCCCGAGACCGCCAAAGAAGCGCAAGGUCAAAGAUGAGGAUGGCAGCGUGCGCGUCAAGAAGCAAGAGGACGAUGGACACUUAGCAGUCAAGCAAGAGGAUAUGGAUCGUCAGCUAGCGGUCUCGCUUCAGUCAAGCUACGGAAACGAGCGACAGGCACGCAGUACAACGACCAAGAAGGGGGUUGCGAAACGAAAGACGCCCAAGAAGCCCAAGGCCAAGUCAAAUACGACGGUGGACUCGGACGACGAUGGUUCUACAACGAAUAAACGGUCUGCCCGCGUCAUCUCUGAAAAGCAGAAGUCUGCCAUCAAGAGAAAUCCCUUCAACAAACUCAUGCGCAUCUCUCCUGAGCUCCAACGAAUUUGCGGUGAACCUUAUGUGUCGCGACCGCAAGUCUCGAAACGUAUCUGGGUCUACAUCAAAGAGCGUAAUCUCCAAGACCCAAGUGAUAAGCGAUACAUCAACUGCGACGAGGUAUUGCAAGACAUACUCAAAAAACCUCGCAUACAUAUGUUCACCAUGACCAAAGCGCUGCAGCCUCACAUGUGGGAUGAUGGCACCAAUCCGCAGCCUCCCUCGUCAGAUGAUAACAAGCCGGACAUCAAGCCAACCCCAAAACUUGAGUUCAAGACCGAGGGAAGUCACGAGAAUGAGGCCCAUCUCGAGCACUACCUUUUACAGGAACAGAAUGAUUAUAAUGAUGGCGAGGAAGAAGACGACAGAGAACACGCUUGGCUAUACGAAUCAGACGCUGAGGACUGAACAUGGCCUCGUAAUUUUGGAAUG